UGACAACGCGCUCCCAGCUGGAGGGAUGGAUGUCUGCUGAAGAUGUGCAGUAACGGAACCCGGAGCGAGACUGGGACCGGGACCGGGACCGGGACCGGGACCGGAGCCAGGACCCGGAGCCCCGGCCCCGGGACCUGCUCGGUCCGGGCCGGCUCCUCCUCCCGGCCGGCCGCGGGGCGGGUGUCCGCGCUGAGCCUGGCUCUGGCUCUGCUGGCGCUGCUGCUGCUGGCCACCGCCAUCUCCACCGACCACUGGUACGACACCGACACCCGCAGGCACAAGGACAACUGCGACCGCCAGGGGGCCGACUCCAACGGCCAGAAGAACCGGGACAUGCCCAUCUUCCACCUGCCGCUGCUGGACACCGGCGGCGGGGCGGCGGCGCGGCCGCGGGACGUGGCGGGGCUGAAGCCGGUGCAUGUGGGCAGCAGGGAGGAGGAACUGCUGGAGAACUGGAGGGCCAUCCUCGGCAUGGGCAUCCUGGAGACGGAGUGCGGCCGCCCGCUGUUCUCCACGCACUCCGGCCUGUGGAGGAAGUGCUACUUCCAGGGCCUGGACCCUGACAUCGACAAACUCAUCCUCCGGGGUAUCGCUGAGCGCUGCACCGCUGUCAAGUAUCACUUCUCUCAGCCAAUCAGACUGAGGAACAUCCCUCUGAACCUGACUAGAACCAUCCAACAGGAUGAGUGGCACCUGCUACACCUGCGGCGGAUAACGGCCGGCUUCCUGGGCAUGGCGGUAGCCGUCCUUCUGUGUGGGAGUAUCGUGGUGUUGGUGGGCUUCUUCUGGGAGGAGAGUCUGACGCAGCACGUCUCUGGACUGCUCUUCUUCAUGGCCGGGAUCUUCUGCACGAUCUCCUUGUGCACGUAUGCCGCCAGUGUGAGCUACGACCUGUCCAGAAACCCCCCCUUCAUCUACGGUCUACCAGCGGACGUGGAUCACGGUUACGGCUGGUCCGUCUUGUGUGCUUGGGCCAGUCUGGGUCUCACCGUAGCCUCUGGCUGCCUCGGCACCACCUUUCCCUUCCUGAGCCGGGCCAGAGCGCUGAGGUCCAAGACCGCCCGGCAGUCCUCUGUCUGAAUCACCCCACAAACCUGGGAUGUGGAAUCGUUUGGAGCACAUUAACUUGGACCAGGUUCGGAGCUGUGGACACACAGCGAGACAUCCCCUACUGGCUGUUUCUGAUGUUUACCAGAAAUAGACUGGUCAGCCGAGCCCAAGUCACACCAGGACCAAGUCACACCAGGACCAAGUCUCCCCAACCAGAUUGGUUAUUACAGAUCUCUUCGUUCAGCUCCUCCAUUCUAGACCCAGACCAGGUGUCUCAGUCCAUUCAAGGUCUCCCAGUCCAGUCUAGGUGGCUCAGUUCAACUCUCCCAGAUGUCCCAGCCCCCUCAUAGCCCAGUCCAGAUAUUCCAGUACAGCUGUCACUGUUCAUUCCAGGUCUCUUAGUCCAGUCCAGAUUCCUUAGUCCAAAUAUCUUAUUUAAGAUGUCCCAGUCCAGUUCCCCUGAGACCAAAACAUCCCGUCCAGAUCCCCCAGUCCAAAUCUCCUAUUCCAGAUGUUCUAGUUCAGGUGUGUGUGACAUGAAUACGUAUUGAUGUUCCAUCUGCCGUCCAGUGUGACAUCACAGGUGGGCGUGGCCACAUGUGAGCAGAAGCAGAAAAGUGCUGUUUGACAAACUGAAACAUUAAGUAACUUUGAAAAUAGACUGUUAUUUUUCAGAUAAUCAAGUAUUCAACGCGGCAGUGUGUGAAGAGUGAGGGAGCAGCGGACUAGAUCCAACUCCCUUGACUGGUGGAAGUUGAAGUCUUUCACCUUCACGUCUGCGGGACUCACCUCCUCCCCCUGAUGUUCCAGGUCCUGGUCCAGGACCGUCAGGAGUUCCUGGGAACUCCGAGUGUUGCAGCAUCCAAUCAGAAAGCAGCAACAGACAACGAUGAUCCAUCAGAUUGUUCUAGGAGAAUAAACUUUAUUUGUCCAACAGAGACAGCACAUUUAACAGAUCAUUAUUAACUGAUUCAUUAUAAAGACUAAUCAAAGGUAUUAAACGUGAAUGUUGUAAUCAGUCUCUGACUCCAUGUUCAGAUCCACCUGAAAACUCAUCUCUGGGUCUGGAUCCAGACCUGCAGGUCCUCUACAGACCACUAGGGUCCAGAUCCAGACCUGCAGGUCCUCUACAGACCACUAGGGUCCACAUCCAGGCCUGCAGGUCC